UUUACAAACUUAAAUCCCUUCAUACAAGGGUGCUUUGGAGUUAAUUCGGAUGAAAUUGGCUAUGUUGUUCCUGAGAAGUUGAAUACGUGAACAAUUUUCAAACGACUGACAGACGACGGGCGCACUUCGAUCGGAGGAGUUCACUAUAGCCUCCUGCUAAGAUGAGCUGAAAAGUUCUGUUUCAAAUAACAAUUUUAUAAAUGUUAACAAUAAUAUUUCUUUCAAUAUCUAUAGAAGCUGACAGAGUAAAAAGAGGGGCAACACGUCUUGCAGUAAACUGUGGUUCCGUGCAGAAGUUUUCAUAUUCUUCGGAUUGUUCUGAGUCAUACUUAGGAACCUGUGUCUAUAAAGAGUAUCUAGGAUGCUUUGAAGACAAGCCAAAACGAACCUUAUCUGGAAGCAGCCGUCACGAUGACUCUGAAUUGACUGUAGAAAGCUGUAGGAAGUUUUGUGCAGAUUACCAAUUUUACGGAGUUGAGUUUGGCAAAGAAUGCUUUUGCAGGAAUUUUUUUACAUCAUUUAUCAAAAAGCCUGAAUGUGAAUGUAAUGUGAAAUGUAGUGGAAACAAAACGCAAACUUGUGGUGAUUUCUACAGGAUCAACAUCUACAGUAAUGCUAACUACGAGACAGAGAUAAAAACAAACUGGACAUCAUCAAUGCAGAUUUGUAAAACAAGGACUCCCUCGUCUUACUUAAUUGGAAACGUCUCCCUGACUGACGCCACUUUGGCUUGUAAACAAUUACAAAGGAAAAAGAGAGGGCCAUCCUGGCUUAGCAUCGCAAAAGAAAUGUAUAGUGGGUAUGAUCGAGCUGUUCUAUAGAAACCCGGCUUAAUUUUCUGACAGGUGUUGCUGUUGAAAUCCAAGAAAAACAAACGUUUCAUCAGUGCCAAAAAUGCAACCGGACUGGCUGUGAAUUUGUCGAUUGUUUUGAAAAGCUUGAUAAUUUAGUUUGU